GCGAGGAGAGGAGAGAGGGAUGGUGUGCUAACGCUGAGUGAAGAGAGAGAGAGAGAGAGAGAGGGAGAGAGAGAGAGAGGGAGAGAAGGGUCGGGUGCUGGAUGUACAUGAACAUGCCGAGAGGAGAGAGUGAGGAUCAGCGAUGACAGCCAUGCUGAGCCCAAAGAUCAGACAGACCAGGAGAGCCCGGUCCAAGAGCAUGGUGAUGGGCGAGGUGUCACGGGGCUCGUGCCGGCCGGCCUCCCCCAGUCUGCAGGAGGGGGCGCUGAAGGCCGGCUGGCUGAAGAAGCAGCGCAGCAUCAUGAAGAACUGGCAGCUCCGCUGGUUCGUGCUACGCUCAGACCAGCUCUACUUCUACAAGGACGAGGAAGAGACCAAACCGCAGGGAUGUAUACCUCUGCAUGGCUGCCAGGUUAAUGAGCUCACAGCUAACCCGGACGAGCCAGGACGACACCUGUUUGAAAUCGUCCCAGGUGGAGCAGGAGAGAAAGACAGGGCAGCGAUCAGCCAUGAAGCCAUCCUGCUCAUGGCGAACUCCCAGACAGACAUGGAUGACUGGGUCAAGGCCAUACGGCGGGUGAUCUGGGCACCGUUUGGAGGAGGGAUUUUCGGCCAGCGAUUAGAGGACACGGUGCAGUAUGAGCGGAAGUUUGGUCCUCGGCUUGCCCCCCUGCUAGUGGAGCAGUGUGUGGACUUCAUCAGGGAGCGAGGUCUGGAUGAGGAGGGUCUCUUCAGGAUGCCGGGACAAGCUAACUUGGUCAAAGAGCUGCAGGAGGCCUUCGACUGCGGGGACAAGCCUCUUUUUGACAGUAACACAGAUGUCCACACGGUGGCUUCCUUGCUAAAGCUGUACCUGAGGGAGCUGCCCGAGCCUGUCGUUCCCUUCUCCAAAUACGAGGACUUCCUCACCUGCGCACAGCUUUUGGCCAAAGAUGAGGAGGAGGGGGUCCAGGAGCUUGGAAAGCAAGUGAACACUCUACCUCUGCCCAAUUACAAUCUCCUCAAGUACAUAUGCAAGUUCCUUGAUGAGGUCCAGUCCCAUUGUAAUGAGAACAAAAUGAGUGUCCAGAAUCUCGCCACGGUAUUUGGACCAAAUAUCCUCCGACCCAAGAUGGAGGACCCUGUAGCCAUCAUGGAAGGCACCUCGUUGGUCCAGCACCUGAUGACCAUCCUCAUCAGAGAUCACAACCGCUUGUACUCAGGGAGGGACCAGGAAGGACCGACGGUGCCUCUGCCAGAGCUCACACCUCAUGGGCCGCAGCUCCAGCAACGCAGCCUUGGCGCAUGGAUCUCUGAGGAGGACCUCCAGAGCGGCCCGGCCUCCAACCCAGACAACGAGCUCCACAGCAGUGCCUCAUCACUGGAUGCAAAACUGUGUGCGGCAGUCACCCCGACGCAGGCCUCUAGCCCCAACCCCGCCCCCAAACUGGGGUCUUCAACAGGGAAGGGGGAGACGGUGGUCAGCCCAAGUAAACAAUCAAAGACGCUGCCUUCCUGGAAGUACACAUUCAAAAGCUCCUCAGCGCCCCGCUCACAGCCACAAACCAAGCAGGGUGGCGGGGGGCCCACGGCAGACACGGCUAGCAUGUCAUCUGGUGGUGGAGGAGGAAGUGGGGCCGGUGGGAGCGGAGGGAGCGGUGGGAACUGGCUGAUGAAUGGUUUGUCAUCACUGAGGGGCCACCGGCGCACCUCUUCGGGGGAGCGCUCAACCCGUGACCGUGACUCCACAGGCUCCACCCAGAGACUGUCCACCUAUGACAACGUCACUACCUCCUCCAGUAUGGGGAGUGUGCCCAGUGUUGCUAGCACACCCUGGUCCACGUCCUCCUGUGAGAUCUCCGUCGUCGACUCAGGUGGCAGUGAGCCCUCAGUGAACCAGAACUGUGGAGGUGGGGUUGGGGCUGGGAGUGGAGUUGAAGAAAAAGGGGAGUGGGCAGAGAGCCACAGAGAGAUUGAAAGAGGCAGGGAAGGCGGGACAGGGACAGACAGGAGCUCUGAGCAGGACGACGGCUGCGAAGCCAUGGAGCUGUGUAUGAGCAGCACGGCCUGCAGCGAGAACGAGAAUGUGGCCGUGGUGUCUGGCGUGCCAUCCAUUGUGAUGUCAGAGGAAGGGGACGAGGGGUCUGUGACCCUGGGCAGUCUCAUGGAAGGACUUAAGGACGAGUUAAAGAAACAGAAAACAGCAUACGAGGCGAGGAUCAAAAAGCUGGAGGAGUCCAGCGUGGCUCUGUGUGCACAGAUGGAGCGCCUGGAACAAGAGAUGGAGCAAGAGAAGAAGAAGCAACGCAUGCUAGAGAUCAAACUAAGGAACUCUGAGCGGGCGCGGGAGGAUGCAGAGAACCGCAACCGGCUGCUGGAGAAGGAGAUGGAGGAUUUCUUUUCCACUUUGGGAGAUCUCGCCCUGGGGGCAAGGACCAGUGACAUAUAAGACAAUAUGGCCAGAAAUUGAUCUGUGGUGCAAAAAAAAAGAAAAAGAAAAGGCAUGGAUCCUCCAUAAUGAAUCAGGGCAUUCCUUCAAGGGGGGAAAAAAUGGACCAGGUCAUAUUGUGUAAAUUCAGGGUGGGUUUAAUGGAACUGACUUAUCAAGAACAGACAGAAAGUUCACAGGCGUAUCAGACUGGAACAGACUUGCCAGCGCUCCCCAGAUGAAUCUGGGGGAUUAUGGACCUCUUUAAAAAGUGCAGCGCUUCCUCAAGCCGGCUUGAAACGGAAUGGAAGUUGAAGGCGGUAGCAGACUUCCUCUUCAUCGCAAGGAGGCAGCGUUGCAACGAGGCAGGUGGCUGUAUACAUUUAGUGGAAGAUGACGA